AUGCCUUCUGUUUCAUAUAACUCGUUUGUUAUUCGCCUUCGGGAAGCCUUCUUGCCCAAAGGUGUGCUGGUCAAUGGUGUAGCAUCUCAAGGAGCCUCAGUGAGGUGCAUGAGAUUCUUUUCCCUUCAGAUGGAGGUUGCUGGUGAGAGGCUGUUUGGGGGCUUGGUGCUGGACAUCAAGCGGAAGGCUCCCUGGUACUGGAGCGACUACCGGGACGCACUCAGCUUACAGUGUCUGGCCUCCUUCCUGUUCCUGUACUGUGCCUGCAUGUCGCCUGUUAUCACCUUUGGGGGACUGCUUGGAGAAGCCACUGAAGGACGCAUAAGUGCAAUCGAAUCCUUGUUUGGAGCAUCCAUGACGGGGAUCGCCUACUCCUUGUUUGCUGGGCAGCCCCUUACCAUCUUGGGGAGCACUGGCCCUGUGCUCGUGUUCGAGAAGAUUCUGUUCAAGUUCUGCAAGGACUAUGCCCUUUCAUACCUCUCCCUGCGAGCCUGUAUCGGGCUGUGGACUGCCUUCCUGUGUAUUGUUCUCGUGGCCACUGACGCCAGUUCCCUCGUCUGCUACAUUACCCGCUUCACCGAAGAAGCAUUUGCCUCCCUGAUUUGCAUUAUUUUCAUCUAUGAAGCGAUAGAAAAGCUGAUUCACCUGGCGGAGACUUACCCCAUCCACACGCACAGCCAGCCGGACCACCUCAGCCUCUAUUACUGCAGGUGCACGCUCCCGGAGAAUCCAAACAACCAUACUUUACGGUACUGGAAGGACCACAACAUCGUGACCACAGAAGUGAACUGGGCGAACCUGACUGUCAGUGAGUGCCAGGAAAUGCACGGAGAGUUCAUGGGCUCGGCGUGCGCUCGUCAUGGACCCUACACUCCUGAUGUGCUCUUUUGGUCCUGUAUUCUCUUCUUCACCACCUUCAUCCUCUCAAGCACCUUAAAGACGUUUAAGACGAGCCGUUAUUUCCCAACCAGAGCACGCUCCAUGGUGAGCGACUUUGCCGUCUUCCUCACCAUCUUCACAAUGGUGAUCAUCGACUUCUUGAUUGGAGUCCCAUCACCAAAGCUUCAGGUUCCCAGUGUGUUCAAGCCAACACGGGAUGACCGAGGAUGGUUUGUUAAUCCCAUCGGCCCUAACCCCUGGUGGACCGUGAUAGCUGCAGUUGUCCCGGCUCUCCUGUGCACUAUCCUGAUAUUCAUGGACCAGCAGAUCACCGCUGUCAUCAUUAACAGGAAGGAGCAUAAGCUCAAGAAAGGUUGUGGCUACCAUCUGGACCUGCUGAUGGUGGCCAUCAUGCUGGGCGUUUGUUCCAUCAUGGGACUGCCUUGGUUUGUGGCUGCGACUGUCCUGUCCAUCACACAUGUGAACAGCCUCAAGCUGGAGUCUGCGUGCUCUGCCCCUGGGGAACAGCCCAAGUUCCUGGGCAUCCGAGAGCAGAGAGUUACGGGCCUUAUGAUCUUCGUGCUGAUGGGCUGCUCGGUCUUCAUGACAGCUGUCCUAAAGUUUAUCCCGAUGCCAGUACUCUAUGGAGUUUUCCUCUACAUGGGAGUCUCUUCUCUUCACGGAAUCCAGUUCUUUGAUCGUCUGAAGCUUUUUGGGAUGCCUGCAAAACAUCAGCCAGAUUUCAUCUACCUGCGGCACGUGCCACUGCGCAAAGUCCACCUCUUCACCCUCAUCCAGCUCACCUGCCUCGUCCUGCUCUGGGUUAUCAAGGCAUCGCCGGCUGCCAUUGUUUUCCCGAUGAUGGUCCUGGCCUUGGUCUUCGUCAGGAAAGUCAUGGAUCUCUGCUUCUCCAAGCGUGAGCUGAGCUGGCUGGAUGACCUCAUGCCUGAAAGCAAAAAGAAGAAGCUGGAUGACGCUAAGAAGAAGGCUAAGGAGGAGGAGGAGGCUGAGAAGAUGUUGGACAUAAGGGGUGAUAAGUUCCCGCUUGAAAGCAGGAAGUUGCUAAGUAGUCCUGGCAAGAAUAGCAGCUUCAGAUGUGACCCCUCUGAGAUUAAUAUAUCAGAUGAAAUGCCCAAAACCACAGUCUGGAAGGCUCUCAGUAUAAAUUCUGGAAAUACAAAGGAGAAAAGCCUCUUCAAUUGAGACUCUGCUGGGGUGGAAGAUUUGGGCCACGAGGUGCCUCAAAGAAGUUCUGGUUUUCGAGAAAAUGGUGAGUCUCUCGCAGAAGAAGCCAGGCUGAGUCAGGCCCUGUCAUUGGUCAUCUCAAAGCCAUGCCACACGGAAGCUUUCAGUCGCUCAGUGUGCAUUGGAAGACAUUCAGCUACCCUCAUACCAGCAGCCAGGCACCGGCAGGGCCACCGGCAGGACGACCUCCUGUUGCUUCCUCUCCUCUUUCUUCUUCCUCUUCAGAACUGCCACCAUUAAGGAGCCAGCUUCCCAUUUUUCAGACAUUUUCUCCGAUGCUCUCUGCUGGCCUUGGGAGCCACAUGAGUCUUUUCUGUCAUUGAGGAUUCCUUCAUGAGAUCCCUCUUCAUGAACGGUGGCUUGGGGUGGUGACAGAGAGGCUGGAGAAGGGGGGCUCCUGGGCUGUUGCCAGUUGCAGGCUCACGAGCAGCCUCCAUCCCAUCUCUACUUGGAAAGGGGUGCUGGUCAGACCAAACACUGUAGGAGGUUUGCUGCCUGAGAUUGGCCAUCCGAGCAUCAACAGUGGCCACCACCAGAACUGGCAAGAUGCCGCUGACCUGGGGUCAUCCGUAUUAAUUCCCAGAAGCAGUCAACAUGAUGUCACCAGACCUUUGGAAGAUGCAGGGCCAAGUGUGAGAACAAGAGUUUAGCUGACUGAAGGAAGGCCUCAGAGAAGUCAGCAACCUUAGGGGACUGAACAUCUUUUCUUGGGUUUCCUUGAAAAUAGAGAAAGAGAAGGAGCCUGUGACUGAUGUGACCAGGGCCAACUUCUUAGCCUGGGGUUUGGUGUCAGGUCUGUUCUGUAGUAGUAGUUCUUUGUGAGUCAAAAGGUAGAAACCAGGGUUUGUUGUUGGCUGUUUGUGGGACUGUUUGACAUUCUGCUGCUGUCUCUUGAGGCUAUGUUGUUACUUCACCCUGGAGAGACACAAGUGCUCCUAGACAUCUCCUUAACUGCCUUGGUAGCGAACACCAUCACUCAAUGGACCAAAACCGCCUUCAGCCCUGUGGCUUUCUUGUCACGCAGAUUUCUUUUGGUUGACAUAAGUUCUGCAUCUCAGAUGUAAAAAUUCAUGUUAAGAAAUGAAUUGUAAAUGGUGAAGUCAGUUUGGGCGCUUGGUUUAAAAGUAUGUGAGUGAUUUUUCUCUUCUGUAUUCUAUAACUAUCAUCAAGGGUUUGGGCCCCAGCGCUCAUAGACCCCCCCUUCCUUUGUGCACAGAGAGUGACUAGGAAGCUGGUCAUGCUGGCUUUCCAUCUGCAUCUUUGUCCACAAGACCUCCCCGUACACAGUGUAUGCUCUCUUUCCCUGGUGAGGACACGCUGCGCCGUUUGCUGCGCCGUUUGUUGCGGUUUGCACCCUCAGACUCUGAACGCACACUAAGGCAUCUGCUUGCUCUCUGAAGGUGUUUGGUGUUGAGGGACUCUGUGUCGCCACCACUUCCCUGCCUGUGAGGACCACUGUCCCAUUGACGCAAAGAUGAUGUUCAAGAUAUUUAACAAUUGGUACAGGACAGACGCAAGCCAGCAGAGCAGAUACCCUUUGUAAAAUAGUGGCAGGCAUUGCUGUUCUGUGCCUGGUGGAUGAAUGCCACCCUACUUUCAAAUCCUGACAUCCUCUGAGACAGGAGUUUUGUUCCUGGUUUGUCUGAUCUCUACGCACAGGAGAUCUCUGUCCUGUUUCAGCAGCAGCCCUGACGUGCUCUCAGGUACUCCAUACUGGAACAGGCAGGUUCUACAGAAAUCAGUGGGCAUUAAAGUCUCUGGGAGCCAAAUUUUCCGAGCGGAUCACUUCAGGGCAGAUCUAAUCAUUGUAACCUUUCCCAGCUGGGAAUGAUUCUGAAGCAGCCUGUCGGUGGGAAAACUUGCUUGAUAACUUCUUGGCUGCUCUUUUUCAUUGCAUUUGUCCCCUGGGAACAUCCCCUUUUGUCCCCUGGGAACAUUCCCUUUGUCCCCUGGGAACACUCCCUUUGUCCCCUGGGAACACUCCCUUUGUCCCCUGGGAACACUCCCUUCUUUCUUGCCUCAUCUUUUUCCUCCUGUAUUUUCAUGCAACUUUUUGUGUAGGGAAAUUGGUGACUGCUUUACCUACUGUUCUGGCCUCCGUGCACCCAAGAGGCAGGCGUGUGAGGUGCCCAUCUUGCACCGAAGACAGUGGCAGUGUCGCUGAGGACAGUGACUCUUCCCAAGCCCUGAUGCUCGUUCGCCCUGGGAGGUGGGGGCUGUCUUCGUUAGCCCUGAGCAAUGCAGCUAUGGGACCUCUGGGUUUUUUUUCUCACACCAGCGUUUGCUGGGACCAGAGAAGUGGUCAUCUGUUCUCUGACAAGGGCAGCUUUUAGCUGCCAGCCAAUGUCCUGACACGCUGGUGCUGUCCUGGCAAUGUGACCAGAGUGGACGGAGGCAGAGACUCAAGAACAUGUUGGCAGUGAAGCCUUGGCUCUAGAGUUCCUAAGGGGCUGGGUUGCUUCCUGACGACUCUCAGGGAGAAGGUGAAGACCUGAAGAGAUACACUGUGUGGUUGCCGGUGUGUUUGGUUGCAGCUUGGGUAGGGUCAGGGGGCCGUGUGCUUCACCACCCACGGCCCCGUCCCAGGUCUCCUUCACUCAUGAAACCUGCCUUUUUUGUAGAUAGAAAGUGGCCAUAUCUUCCCCAAAGACAAUGUGAAUAGUCAUAAUUUCUCUUUGUUGGUGAUGGAACUUUGAAAUUUCUUAUAAACGUUAGAUACAAAUCUGGCAUCCACUAAGUCCCCAGCCUGCCCAAGGCUGGGUCAGCCUUGCAGCCUCUCUGGACUGUCUGUGGUCUGUGCUCAUCCUGAAGGACAGUUCCUAAUCCCACUUUAUCCUCCACCUGCCAGCUCUCCAGACUCCUUUAAGUCAGGGAAGCAGGGAUUGUCCUUGUAUCCUGUCUAGUGAUUCAUCGUUUGUAUACUGAAGCGUAGGAUUGGUUAGGGUCUAGAACCCCUGGGUUUUUUUAAUCUUUAAUGAACAUCAGAGACACCAUUAUCAUAUUGUCUCCCCUGUGACUUUGCCAGUGUCUUUGAAGGUCUUUUGCAAGAGUGACAGUACCUUUGCCUAGGACUUUAACUGUAUAUGUGUGGGUGUUUGUCUACAUGUAUGUCUUUGUACCAUGUGUGUGCCUGGUGCCUGAAGAGAGCAGAGGGCAUCAAAUUUCCUGGAAUCAGAUUUACAGAUCUUUGUGAGCCUCCGUGUGGCUGCUGGGACUCAUACCUGGGUCCUCUUGACUGUGGAACCAUGUCCUCAGCUUCCUGGGCGCUUAAACUGUGGGGUCAGGCCAGUUUCUCUCUCGUUGCCCUCACACCCUUCAGGUUUCCAAGCCCCAUCCUUGCUGGACAUUCCCAGGCCCUGCGCUGAGUGGCUUUCUCUUAGUGGAGACCCUUCAGCCGGCCCUGGCUAGCUGGGCAAGACCUCACCCGUGCUCCUGCCUCUUCUGCCUCAGCUUUCCUGGAACCCUUUCUUUCUCUCCUUCAGCUCUUCCUGCCAUUGUUCAAGUUCCUUCUGUGGAAAGAAACAUGAUCAGCUCCUGACAGCACCACCAGCUGAGGUGGCCAGGACUUCGAGUUCGGCUGCUGCUGCCUCUUGGAAAAGGACCUCUAUGGUUAUGUUCUGACAUGACCUGUUGAGGAGCACCCAGUGUUCCUAAGCUUCCAUGUUCGUCUGUACUGAUCCCAUGACCUGUGGAGGAGCACUAAGCGUUCCUAAGCUCCCAUGUUCAUCUAUACUGAUCUACAUUUUGCUCUAAGCAGGAAAACACAUUCAAAAUUGAAAUAGAAGCAAAUUUUCUGCUGUAACUAUUUUUAAGUGGUUAUUGGUGCCCCCUCUGACACUACUGCUCUGAGCUAGGGUCUCAUGUGUAGACCAAGCUAGUCGGCAGCUUGCAGCAGUUUUCUUACCUCCCAAACGCUGGGGUUCCAAGCAUGUGCCACCAUACCUGGCUUGCCCUUGGUCUUCAUAGCAUUAAUUAUAGAGAAUGGCUGACUGACCCAGUCACAUUCUUUCUUCAGUUACCUUUUCUGUGGCCAAAAAUGAGGAUAAUUUUCAUAAGCAAAGGAGGUGUGAAGUAACCAUCGCUGUUCAGAGUGUGUGCGAGGAGUGAAGUCUUUUCAGUAGCCGUCGGGAGUGAGCCGUCCAGACUGGGUCGUUAGAGGAGAUCCUGUGCUCAGAAGAAUGGAAUGGGUUUGGUCCUUCCGAAGAGAGAAGGAAUAGUGCCCUCCCCCAGAUCUAACCCACUUCCUGCAUCAGUGAAUACGGAGUGUUUCCCCUAGCUGUCCAUCCCCCCACCCUCCACAGCCUCUUCGUAAACCCAGGCACAAUCAGCUGGCCUGGGCAUUGCUUAACAGGCGUAUGGGCAACUUCUCCAGCAGGUUUUUACUUGUGUGAUUGCGUUGGAACCUGAAGCACUAACCUGAAUGUGCAAUUGAUCCCUUUCCACUCCUGAGAUGCUAAGCCUGCCUCUUGCCUCUUGUUUGUCAUUGGUUAGAAGUGGCUAAUGGUGUCCGUGGAGAGCAGGGCAGCCUUCCCACAGAAGGGGACUGAUGGUGUCCGUGGAGAACAGGGCAGCCUUCCCACGGAAGGGGACUGAUGGUGUCCGUGGAGAACAGGGCAGCCUUCCCAUGGAAGGGGACUGAUGGUGUCUGUGGAGAACAGGGCAGCCUUCCCACAGACAGGGCAACUCGAGGUGCUGGUACUUUCCCCUCCUUUUCUAUGUUCUCUCUAGUAGGUCUCAUGCAGAGGCAGAUAUUUUUGUUUUAGAGAUUCCAAAGUCUAUAUUUUUAGUGUAAGAAGUGUACCCUCACCACACUCCAUGGCGUAAAUAGAACUGGGAAUAAAAUGUGUCAUUGUGAUUAUCCCAUAGCAAUGUGUGUUAGAAACAAGACUCCCCCCCCCUUUCUGGUCUAUGACUGGGGCAGGUAACUGUGACAAUGUAUCUCUUAGCCCUCUGCCUGCCCACAUUUGUGUGUGCUCACCUCUCUGGGCGACAAAUAAAGUCUGUAUAAACUGUU